CAUAAAUUAUAUAUAAAUACUUAGUGUACUUAUCACACGUACAAUAUUGUGCAUUUCUACUUUAUACUACAACUUACAUCGGCCAACCGAUUCAAGUUUUGCUAUCCCUUUUUUUCUUUUCAGCUGCGGAAUGCAAAGACAAGUGGCGUAAUCUCCGGACAGUAUUCAUGCGAAAAAUCAAACCUUCACCUUCGGGAUCUGGCGCUAAGAAGAAGGCCUACUACCUGGCAGAGGCCAUGCAGUUUUGUUUGCCGUUUGUAAGAACAUCAGCUCCUCCUUCUACAGGAAAUUUACCAGAGGUUCCUAACUGUAGCGACGUAAAUACCGACGAAACUUUAUUGGAAUCACAAAUAUUGGAUGAUAUUCCAGAUGAUCCUUCAAUUGAAUCACCGCAAUCGCCGUCAAUAGUACAGGAUAAUACUUCCCGGUCAUCCCCAAUCAUACCAAUACAACCUCAUACCAGCUCACAGCCAUCGUCCAUUCCGAAUGAAGGUAAAAAACGCCUAACGCAGAAGAAAAAAGCCGUUGUCGAAGCAGAUCAAUGUUUUGCUGCAUAUUUUAAGGCAAAAACAGCACGACUUGAAAAUAGUACUACCGCAAACGAUAGUAACAAGAAAGAAGCUUUGAAAAUGUUCCUUCUUAGCUUGAUACCAGAGUUGGAAGAACUCAGUGAUUCACAAAUCAAACAAUUUAAACGCAAAGUUUUUACUCUUAUUGAUGAAAUAUCAGGCACAUCAGAUGUCACACCAGCGUCGCCACAUUCCAGCAUUUCACUAAUCUCUCACCAGUCAGGCAGCAAUAUUAGUGCGCCGCCAACAUCCGCUGGUAAUUACUACACGCAAUUUACACAGGACAUUGACGCCAACCAGUUCUAUGUGCAAAAUCUGGAAUAAUUAAUUGAUAUCUAAUUUUGUAUUUUAACAAUAAAUACAUACCUUAGAGUUAUGAGUAUUCUUUCUUCAGCAGUCACACAUUCCCUCAUAUUUGUGUCAACCUUAUGUAUAAAUGGAGCAACCAGCGUCACCAAUUCCACAUAUGACUCUUUGGACAUUCUGUAGAAAGCUAUAAACUUUCUGUCUGUCUCUUUUAAUUGUUCAGCUGCUACGAAUAGUCUGCACCUUACAUUUUUCUCUAUGUAUGGGUGACACCAAUAUUUUCUGCGCAUUCUUCGUUGUCUACGACGUAGAAAACAUGCAAUUAUGUCUUCCUCAUCCUCACUAGUACUUGACAUGAUCGAUAAAGUUACACUCCGACAAAUAA